AUGGCAAGUCGACGUUCUUCGACACUAAUUAUUGACAACGGAACAGGAGUUUUGAAAGCUGGAAUGAGCGGAGACGAAAAGCUUCCUAGCGUGGUUACGCACUCUAGUGCUAUCAUGUACGAUACGGUACGUCUUUUUCUUGCCACCGAAGACCUGGCACGACGUAAAUCUUACCAAAACGUUGAUUCUCUGAGAGAGAUGUGGAAAAACGCGAUAAGUAAACUGAAGAUUCAUCCAUUCGAACACAACGUCGUCCUCGCUGAAAGCGAGAUGCACACCGAAUCAGACGUUGAAAAAAUGGAAGAAAUUAUGUUUGAAGAAUUCCGAACGCCGGCACUCUACAUCGGCAACGAAUCCGCAUUCUCACUCAUUUGGCAUCGCAAACCGACGGGAGUUAUUGUAGAUUGUGGUGACUACAUCACGUCUGUUGUACCUUUUUACGACGGUACACGUCUUCCGAAUAACCGUCUACUUAACUACGGCGGUCGGAAUGUUACUCUAAAACUUUUCAAAAAUCUAUCUAGAAACGGUUACCACGAGUUGGACUCUAAAAAUCCUAAACAUUUUGAGGAACUGAGAAAGAUCAAAGAGAAAUUUGGAUACGUACAAAUUUGGGAGAGAAGACGUUGGACAGAUAAACAUAAUAAGCCAUUUAUAGUUCCUUGUGAACUAGUCCCUGAAAAGGAUUGCGUCCUUAGGCUCGAGACUUUCUAUGCCUCGGAUGGUUUGUUUCAGCCUAUGUGCUUUUACAGCAGUGCUAUGGCAAUUCAAGACGCGCUGUGCAAAGCCAUUGAGACGCAAAUCGAAUCGAUACAAGAAGAGCUCAUCCAAUCCGUGCUCUUGUGUGGUGGCGGCACACUGUUAACAUCGUUUGCAGACAGAAUUGCGAUGCAAUUCGACGCUCUCGAGAAGUUUCCUAGACCUGUCAACGUCAUUACUAACAAGAAUCGUGAACACAGCGUUUGGCUUGGAGCGAACGAAUUCGCAAAGAAGGAGGAAUGCAUUAGUCAAGUUUUGAUUAGCAAAGCGCAGUAUCAUGAAUACGGAGUGGGGGUUUGUAGAGACGAACGAAACAGAGCAGCGCACUUGUACUUUUCCAGCAGCACGCCGUGA